UCAUUGUGAUUGAUUUCAUUUCAUUCAAGCUUUUCAGAAAUUAUUGGUGAAAGGUUGCACAAACUAGUGUAAUUUCAAUUCAAAUUCAAAAUAGUUAUUCACAAGUUUAUAAAAUGACUACUGAAAUUAGCAUCAGUGAAGUAAAAAAGCACAAAAGUAAGAAAAGUUUGUGGAUGAUAAUUCACAACGAUGUUUACGAUGUCACAAAAUUUUUGGAGGAGCACCCAGGAGGCGAAGAUACAUUAUUAGAAAAUGCUGGAAAAGACGGCACCCAGCCUUUUGAAGACGUUGGUCACAGUGAAGAUGCUAGAGAACUGUUGAAGAAAUUUAAAAUUGGGACCUUACCAGCAGCUGAAAAAAGAAAAGAUGUUCCACAAAACUGCAACACACUCAAAUGGGCACUUCUCGCGUUGGCUGGGGCAAUCAUCAUUGGUGUCGUACUAAAGAAAACCAUGGGAUAGAAACUGAAGAGUUGUGUAGGGGUCCAAUCCAAAAUGUUAGGGCUAAGUGUAAGCCACUGUGUAGAACUGUGUAAUCCUGUAACUGAACCUGCGCUGACACGGCUUACUACUUAUAACUAUUUAUACAUGUUUUUAUUAUUUAUAUUAUUACACUGUUAUUGUAAUUAUUACACGGAUUGAAUUACUUCAAUUGUAACUGAAACGUUUUAAAUUCACGGAUGAAACGAAUUUGUCAUAGUAUAUUUUUAUACUUACUUUUUAUUAUCAACUAACUGUCUUUGGUAGAAUACAGGGUGUACUUUUCUGUAGAAAACUUUAGUCGAUAGUCGAUAGUGAGCAAUCACUACUAUAUUAUUUGUUUUAAUAAAUCGAUUCAGUUUUAAUAUUAUGAAAGGAUCUAACAUUUCUAAUACUUUCAUCGUUUUUCUUUGAGUCAGGAUUAAAAUCGAUUGCAUUUUUUUCCUUUAAGGCNCGUGACUGAGAAAGUCGUGUGCGCGCGCAGGUUUGGUUGUGUAUAAUUAUAACUUGAGGCAUGUGUUGCUAUUUAUUCUAAAGCUGAGUGAUUGGAGACUUGGAGUGUUUACUUAUCGUAAUUUUAUUGUUAAUAUGUAUUUAAUACAUUAUUCCAAUGUGGUAUUUACUCUUUAUAUCCUUAACGAAUUAUGAGAUUUGUGACGAUUAGUUUACUUAAACAUUACAAAGCAAACUCAAAUAGUGAGUACAAAUUUUAUUUAAUGUAAGAUUUUUACUAUUUAUACACCUCUUUUAAUGCUAUUUAGAUAGUAUGGAGUAAAUAGAAGAUACUCAAAUUAUACAAUAAUUGAUGUCCGUAUU